AAAUGUCCACUAUCACAUUGCACCACCAGGGGGCGCCGUCGAGCCAACGACAAAAAACCACUGGGUGACGGCGACGCCAGACGAUUCAGUCAAAGAUGGCGUCUCUUCUGCAACCCGACAGGGUUCUCUACCUUGUUCACGGAGAGAAAAAAAUCCGCUCGUCGUUGUCUACACUUUAUUUUUGCCGGUAUUGCGGUGAAUUGCGUUCCUUAGAAUGUGUGUCUCACGAGGUGGACUCCCAUUACUGUCCGAGCUGCCUGGAGAAUAUGCCUUCAGCAGAGGCAAAGCUGAAGAAGAACAGGUGUGCCAACUGCUUCGACUGCCCGUGCUGCAUGCACACCCUGUCCACCCGGGCAACCAACAUCCCAGCCCCUCUUCCCGACGACCCCAGCAAGACGACCAUGAAGAAGGCCUACUACCUGGCCUGUGGCUUCUGUCGCUGGACAUCCAGAGAUGUGGGCAUGGCUGACAAGUCUGUGGCCAGUGGAGGAUGGCAGGAGCCGGACAACCCUCAUACUCAACGGAUCAAUAAACUGAUAGAGUAUUACCAGCAGCUGGCCCAGAGGGAGAAACUGGAGAGGGACAGGAAGAAGCUGGCCAGGAGACGACCCUACAUGCCUCUGGCCUUCUCGCAACACACUAUUCAUGUGGUGGAGAAGUAUGGUCUGGGUACCAGACUACAUAGACAGAGACCUGGAGCUCCUAUCACCAGUCUGGCUGGUCUUUCUCUGAAGGAAGGUGAAGACCAGAAGGAGAUUAACAUAGAGCCAGCCCAGGCCUUAGACGAGGUGGAACCACUGCCUGAAGACUACUACACUAGACCCAUCAACCUACCUGAGGUGACAUCCUUGCGUCAGCGGCUGCUCCAGCCUGACUUCCAGCCAGCCGGAGCCUCUCAGCUCCACCCCAAACACAAACACCUGUUGAUCAAGCGCUCUCUGCGAUGCAGGAAAUGUGAGCACAAUCUGAGCAAGCCAGAAUUCAACCCAACUUCAAUAAAGUUCAAAAUCCAGCUGGUGGCUGUGAGUUACAUCCCUGAGAUCAGAAUAAUGUCCAUUCCAAACCUGCGCUUCCAGAAGGAGUGCCAGGUGCUGCUCACUAACCCCGUGGAGAGUUUACCCACGACCCUGGUGGGCUGUGAGGUAGGAGACCCAGAGGACAUCAACAGCACUGCAAAGGUGAUGGUUCCUACCAAGGAGUUGGUCCUGGCAGGGAAGGAUGCUGCAGCAGAUUACGACGAGUUGGCCGAGCCACAGGACUUCCAGGACGACCCAGACGUGGUGGCCUUCAGAAAAUCCAAUAAGAUCGGUUUCUUCAUCAAGGUGGUCCCUCAGCGUGAGGAGGACGGGGAUGUCACGGUGUCCUUUAAGAUCCGCCACGACUUCCGCAACUUGGCGGCUCCCAUAAGGCCGAGCGAGGAGGACGAUGCCCCAACCGAGGCAAUAUGGCUCACACACCACGUAGAGCUCAGCCUGGGGCCGCUCGUAGCGUGAAGUUACACACACGUUAACAGAAACACAAAGUACAUAUAUACACUGAGUGUACAAAACAUUAAGAACACCUGCGCUUUCCAUGACAGACUGACCAGGUGAACCCAGGUGAAAGCGAUGAUCCCUUAUUGAAGUCACCUGAUAAAGCCACUUCAAUCUUGAGAGAAUUUGAGACAUGGAUUGUGUAUGUGUGUCAUUCAGUGGAUGAAUCGGCAAGACAAAAUAUUUGAGUGCCUUUUUAACAGGGUCUGGUAGUAGGUGCCUUUAAACAGGGUAUGGUAGUAGAAGCCUUUAAACAGGGUAUGGUAGUAGGUGCCUUUAAACAGGGUCUGGUAGUAGGUGCCUUUAAACAGGGUAUGGUAGUAGGUGCCUUUAAACAGGGUAUGGUAGUAGAAGCCUUUAA